AUGUCGAGCAUGGAUACAAAGAGACGACGGGUGGAUGUGUGGAUUUCUUUUUGUCUGGCCCUGGUGAUCGUGGCUGAUUUGGAAGGAAUAACUGCUCAAAUACGGUAUUCAAUUCAGGAAGAAUCUAAAUUGGGAAGUCCAGUUGGGAAUAUAGCCAAAGACAUUGGAUUAGACCUCGGCAGACUGACUGACAGAAACCUUCGUGUUGUAUCGGGGACAAAGCAGGAUCUGUUCAAGGUAAACCCGAGGGAUGGAGUACUGUUCGUGAACCAGAGAGUAGACAGAGAGGAGUUGUGCGCAAAAACUGCUCCAUGCAUCACAAAUCUGAAAGCAGUUGUAGAAAAUCCCCUCGAGAUGCACCAAGUGAGUAUAGAGAUAAUUGAUGUAAAUGACAAUUCGCCGAAAUUUCCAGAAGAAAACUACACAUUAGAGGUGCUGGAGUCCGCCACAGUUGGGUCUAGAUUUCAAAUGGAAGGGGCACACGACUUGGAUGUUGGCUUGAAUUCCUUACAGUCAUAUAAACUGAACCAUAACCAGUAUUUUCGACUGGAAACUGAGGAGUUUGGAGAGGAGGGCAAGGUUCCUUUUCUUAUAUUACAGCGACCACUGGAUCGAGAGCAAGCAGGUCAGCACUGGUUACUACUGACAGCUACAGAUGGAGGUAAACCACUUAAAUCUGGUACAAUCAAUAUCACUGUUGUUGUUUCUGAUAUAAAUGACAACUCGCCAGUGUGUGGUAAACAGAAAUACACAGUAACAGUGAAAGAAAACGCACCUGCAGGGACAUUUCUGCUGAUGGUAAAUGCAUCCGACUCUGAUGAAGGUCUGAAUGGUGAGAUAGAGUAUUCUUUACGAAGUAAGAUCAGAGGACUUUCAACUGAACCGUUUGAUCUGGACAGCAAAACUGGCAGACUCACGGUGAAAGGAGGCCUUGAUUAUGAGGAAAAGCAAGUCUACGAGAUUAAGGUGCUGGCUGCUGAUAAAGGUAUCGUGUCUCUUUCCACACACUGCAAUGUUAUUGUCAGAGUGGAGGACGUGAACGAUAACCAUCCAGAAAUAGAUAUUACAUCUCUUUCAAGUCGCAUUCCAGAGGAUGCUCCUCCUGGCACCGUGGUGGCGUUAAUGGGCGUGACGGACCUUGACUCUGGUGUGAACGGACAGGUGGUCUGCAGUAUACCUGGCCAUUUACCCUUUGACCUAAAGCCAUCCCCUGACGGGCAGUCUUACUCUUUGGUCACCAAGGACUCCUUAGAUAAAGAAACAACAUCUAUGUAUGAUAUAACAAUAACAGCAAAGGACUUGGGGAGCCCCGCCCUGUCUACUACAAAGGUGAUACAGGUAGAUGUAAUGGAUGUAAAUGACAACAGUCCUUUGUUCACUCAAAGCCCAUACACUUUUUAUAUUUUUGAAAACAACAAAGCCGGAAUGUCAAUAUUUUCCGUGAGCGCUUCUGAUUCUGAUGGAGGUGAAAAUGCAGCAGUCACGUACACACUCGACCGUAAAAGUCCAGGGCCCACAGUAGCCUCAUUUCUGAAUAUAAAUGAGGCAAACGGCACCAUUUCUGCUCUAAAAAGCUUCGACUUUGAAACAGUGAAAAAGUUUCAGUUCCAAGUUGUGGCCUCAGAUUCUGGAACUCCGUCACUGAGCAGCAACGUCACAGUGAACGUGUUCAUUCUGGAUCAGAACGACAACGCUCCAGUCAUCCUGUAUCCAGUCAGCUCCAACGGCUCUGCUGAAGGUGUGGAGGAGAUUCCCCGCAAUGUGAUCGCAGGACACUUGGUGACUAAAGUCAGAGCCUAUGACGCUGAUAUAGGAUAUAACGGCUGGUUGCUCUUCUCACUGCAGGAAGUCACUGAGCACAAUCUCUUUUCUUUGGACCGCUACACGGGACAGAUCAGAACACUUCGCUCAUUCACAGAGACAGACGAGGCUGAGCAGAAACUCAUCAUACUGGUCAAAGACAAUGGCAACGUGUCCCUCUCUGCUACAGCUACUGUCAUUGUCAAAGUUGUGGAGCCCAAAGAGGCUUUUGCUGCUUCUGAUGUGAAAAGUGCAACAAAGGAAGAUGAGGAGAGUAAUGUCACUUUUUAUCUCAUGAUCACUUUGGCCUCAGUCUCAGCUCUUUUCAUCAUCAGCAUCAUCGUGCUGAUUGCAAUGCAGUGCUCCAAAUCCACAGACUAUACUUCCAAAUAUCUCCAAGAGACUAACUAUGAUGGCACACUGUGUCACAGCAUCCAGUACAGAUCUGGAGACAAACGCUACAUGUUAGUGGGACCCAGGAUGAGUAUAGGAUCCACUAUAGUCCCGGGCAGCCAUGCCAACACACUAGUGCUCCCAGACAGGAGGAGGGCAUCUACUGAGCAUCGGGACUAUUGUGUUUGGGUCUACUUUUGGAUAACGAUGGAGCGGGAAAAACAAUCUCGAGGAAAGCUGUGCUCCUGGUUUGCUCUGCGCUUGGUUCUUCUGUUGUUUGUUGGAAAACUGGCUUUGGGAGAACAACGUUACAUUGUUCCCGAGGAGGUGAAGGCUGGAACUGUGGUUGGAAACGUCGCAAAAGACCUUGGACUGGACAUCAGCUCUUUGUUUGACCGACGUUUCCGUGUUGUAUCUGAAUCUAAAGAUGCAUUAUUUGAGGUAAACCGGGACAAUGGGGCUCUGUAUGUUCAUAAGAAAAUCGACAGAGAGGAGCUCUGUCAGGACGGGAGCGGGCCCUGCAUAAUGGAGCUUAAAAUCCUUGUUGAAAACCCUUUGGAAAUACACUACGUAGUCGUGGAGGUAAUGGAUGUAAAUGACCAUGCUCCUGGUUUUCCCGAGAAAGAGCAGAUAUUUGAAAUAGGUGAGCAAAUUCUGCCAGGAAUGCGAUUUCAGCUGCAUGCUGCUCGUGACCCAGAUGCUGGGGUUAACUCUAUCCGCACAUACACUUUAACAACAAAUGAUCAUUUUGAAGUUGAUACCCGUCAAAGUGAUGAGGAUAAAAUACCAUUUUUAGUGUUGAAGAAAUCUUUGGACAGAGAACAAAAAGAAAAACACAUGCUGCUGCUCACAGCAGUAGAUGGAGGUAAACCUCAAAGAUCAGGAACAUUAAAUGUAACUAUUAUUGUUCUUGAUAUUAAUGAUAAUCGGCCAAUGUUCAGUCAGGAGGUUUACCAAAUUGAAAUACAAGAAAAUGUUGCAAUUGGUACUUCAAUUUUAAGAAUGAAUGCAACUGAUCCCGAUGAAGGCUCCAAUAGUGAGAUUGAAUAUAGUCUUGGAAAAACACUGAAAAAAAUAGUCUAUGAUAUAUUUGAAUUGAACAAAAUAACAGGAGAAAUAAAAGUACGAGGGUUGUUGGAUUAUGAGGAAAACGACGUUUAUAAACUUGAUGUUCAGGCAUCAGAUAAAGGAACACCGCCAAUGACAGGUGAGUGUAGAGUCAUUAUAAAAAUAAAAGACAUCAACGAUAAUCCACCAGAAAUAGAAGUCACAUCACUGUCAAAUACAGUACCUGAAGAUUCAAAACCUGGAACUAUUAUUUCUUUAAUCAGGGUAAAAGAUAAAGACUCUGGUGUGAAUGGAAAAAUAAUAACACGCAUAAAUAAUGACGUACCUUUUGAAUUAAAGCCCUCCUAUAAAGAAAACACUUACUCUGUUGUCAUUAAAGGAAUUCUAGAUCGGGAGCAAGUGCCUCAUUAUGAAAUAACAAUAAAAGCCACAGACUGUGGUGAUCCUCCUUUAUCGACUUAUAAAACUCUCAGCAUUCAGAUAUCAGAUGUGAAUGACAACAGACCACAUUUUCAACAAAACCCUUUACAGUUUUAUCUGGUAGAAAAUAAUGUUGCUGGAGCAUCAAUAUUCUCUGUGAGCGCCACUGAUAACGAUGUAAGCGAAAAUGCAGCUAUUUCAUAUCAUAUCGUGAGAGAGGGGAGUCAAAAUGACGUCACAUCUUUCCUCAAUGUAAACAGUGAAAACGGACACAUCACCGCGCUAAAGAGCUUCGACUUUGAAACAGUGAAAACGUUCCAGUUCCAAGUUGUGGCCUCAGAUUCUGGAACUCCGUCACUGAGCAGCAACGUCACAGUGAACGUGUUCAUUCUGGAUCAGAACGACAACGCUCCAGUCAUCCUGUAUCCAGUCAGCUCCAACGGCUCUGCUGAAGGUGUGGAGGAGAUUCCCCGCAAUGUGAACGUAGGACACUUGGUGACUAAAGUCAGAGCCUAUGACGCUGAUAUAGGAUAUAACGGCUGGUUGCUCUUCUCACUGCAGGAAGUCACUGAGCACAAUCUCUUUGCUUUGGACCGCUAUACAGGACAGAUCAGAACACUUCGCUCAUUCACAGAGACAGACGAGGCUGAGCAGAAACUCAUCAUACUGGUCAAAGACAAUGGCAACGUGUCCCUCUCUGCUACAGCUACUGUCAUUGUCAAAGUUGUGGAGCCCAAAGAGGCUUUUGCUGCUUCUGAUGUGAAAAGUGCAACAAAGGAAGAUGAGGAGAGUAAUGUCACUUUUUAUCUCAUGAUCACUUUGGCCUCAGUCUCAGCUCUUUUCAUCAUCAGCAUCAUCGUGCUGAUUGCAAUGCAGUGCUCCAAAUCCACAGACUAUACUUCCAAAUAUCUACAAGAGACGAAUUAUGAUGGCACACUGUGUCACAGCAUCCAGUACAGAUCUGGAGACAAACGGUACAUGUUAGUGGGACCCAGAAUGAGUAUAGGAUCCACUAUAGUCCCGGGCAGCCAUGCCAACACACUAGUGCUCCCUGACAGGAGGAGGGCAUCUACAGAGCAUUACAUUGGGAAACAACAGGAAGCUAUGUCCCUCCCCUAUGUAAGCUUCUUAAUGGAGAUCGGAAGACAACCUCGAAGAAAGCUGUGCUCUUGGUUUGCUCUACGCCUGGUUAUUCUGUUGUUUGUCGGCAAACGGGCUUUAGGAGAAAUACGUUACUCUGUUCCCGAGGAGGUGAAGGGAGGAACUGUUGUUGGAAAUGUUGCGAAGGAUCUUGGACUGGAUAUCAACUCUUUGUUUGAUCGACGGUUCCGUGUUGUUUCUGAAUCUAAGGAUGUAUUAUUUGAGGUAAACCGGGACAAUGGGGCUCUGUAUGUUCAUAAGAAAAUCGACAGAGAGGAGCUCUGUCAGGGCGGGAGCGGGGCCUGCAUAAUGGAGCUAAAAGUCAUUGUCGAAAACCCUUUGGAAAUACACUACAUAGUCAUUGAAGUUUCUGAUGUAAACGAUCACUCUCCCACUUUCCCUGAAAGGGAGCAGAUAUUUGAAAUUGGUGAACAGACAUUACCAGGAAAGCGGUUUCAGCUGCACGCUGCUCGUGAUCCUGAUGCUGGGGUUAAUUCUAUUCGUACAUACACUUUAACUACAAAUGAACAUUUUGAGGUAGACAUCCGUCAACGUGAUGAGGAUAAAAUACCAUUUUUAGUGUUGAAGAAAUCUUUGGAUAGAGAAAAAAAAGACAAACAUACGCUGUUGCUCACAGCAGUAGAUGGAGGUAAACCUCAAAGAUCAGGAACAUUAAAUGUAACUAUAGUUGUUCUUGACAGUAAUGAUAACCGUCCAAUGUUUAGUCAUGAGGUUUACCAAAUAGAAAUACAGGAAAAUGUUGCAGUUGGCACUUCAAUAUUUAGAAUUAACGCAAAAGAUCUCGAUGAAGGGGCUAAUGGGGAAGUUGAAUACAACCUUGAAAAAACUCUGAAGAAAAAAGUAUAUGACAUUUUUGAGUUGGACAAAUUAACAGGGGAAAUUAAGGUUAAAGGAGUUUUGGACUUUGAAGAAAACGACGUUUAUUCACUCGAUAUAGAGGCAUCUGAUAAAGGGACACCACCAUUAACUGGUGAGUGUAGAGUCAUUAUAAAAAUAAAAGACAUUAAUGAUAACCCACCAGAAAUAGAAGUCACAUCACUGUCAAAUACAGUACCUGAAGAUUCAAAACCUGGAACCAUUGUUUCCCUCAUCAAAGUAAAAGACAAAGACUCUGGUGUCAAUGGACAAAUUAUUUCGAGUAUAAUGUCAGAUGUGCCUUUUGAAUUAAAACCCUCCUAUAAGGAAAACACUUACUCUGUUGUAACUAAAGGAAUUCUGGAUCGAGAGCAGGUGUCACAUUAUGAAAUAACAAUAAAAGCCACAGACUGUGGUGAUCCUCCUUUAUCGACUUAUAAAACUCUCAGCAUUCAGAUAUCAGAUGUGAAUGACAACAGACCACAUUUUGAACAAAACCCUUUACAGUUUUAUCUGGUAGAAAAUAAUGUUGCUGGAGCAUCAAUAUUCUCUGUGAGCGCAACAGACAACGAUGUAAGCGAGAAUGCAGCUAUUUCAUAUCAUAUCGUGAGAGAGGGGAGUCAAAAUGACGUCACAUCUUUCCUUAAUGUAAACAGUGAAAACGGACACGUCACAGCUCUAAAGAGUUUCGACUUUGAAACAGUGAAAAAGUUCAAGUUCCAAGUUGUGGCCUCAGAUUCUGGAACUCCGUCCCUGAGCAGCAACGUCACAGUGAACGUGUUCAUUCUGGAUCAGAACGACAACGCUCCAGUCAUCCUGUAUCCAGUCAGCUCCAACGGCUCUGCUGAAGGUGUGGAGGAGAUUCCCCGCAAUGUGAACGCAGGACACUUGGUGACUAAGGUCAGAGCCUAUGACGCUGAUAUAGGAUAUAACGGCUGGUUGCUCUUCUCACUGCAGGAAGUCACUGAGCACAAUCUCUUUUCUUUGGACCGCUACACAGGACAGAUCAGAACACUUCGCUCAUUCACAGAGACAGACGAGGCUGAGCAGAAACUCAUCAUACUGGUCAAAGACAAUGGCAACGUGUCCCUCUCUGCUACAGCUACUGUCAUUGUCAAAGUUGUGGAGCCCAAAGAGGCUUUUGCUGCUUCUGAUGUAAAAAGUGCAACAAAGGAAGAUGAGGAGAGUAAUGUCACUUUUUAUCUCAUGAUCACUUUGGCCUCAGUCUCAGCUCUUUUCAUCAUCAGCAUCAUCGUGCUGAUUGCAAUGCAGUGCUCCAAAUCCACAGACUAUACUUCCAAAUAUCUACAAGAGACUAACUAUGAUGGCACACUGUGUCACAGCAUCCAGUACAGAUCUGGAGACAAACGCUACAUGUUAGUGGGACCCCGAAUGAGUAUAGGAUCCACUAUAGUCCCGGGAAGCCAUGCCAACACACUAGUGCUCCCUGACAGAAGGAGGGCAUCUACUGAGGUAAAUCUUUCAUUGUUUUGCCUCACGAUGGGAAUACGAGGACAAAGGCGGUCGUUGAACUGCUGGUGUGUCACCGGGAUUUUGUUGCUGUGCUUUGGGGAGCGGAUUGUGGCCCAGUUAAGGUACGCUGUUCCAGAAGAGUUACAAGCUGGGUCGCCAGUUGGAAAUGUUGCAAAAGAUUUAGGUCUUGACAUUAACGCUUUGAAAGACAGGCGGUUUCGUAUUGUUUCUGGUCCAAAUCACGCUCUGUUCCAGUUAAAUCAAAACAAUGGCGUGCUGUAUAUCGGGGAAAGGAUGGACCGGGAGGAGCUCUGUGAAGGAAUCAAGGUUUGCUUGAUCAACCUGAAAAUCGUUGUUGAAAGCCCACUGGAAAUACAUUAUGUUGGUGUCGAAAUAAAGGAUAUAAACGAUCAUUCACCAACUUUCCCUGAAAGCGAGCAGCGGCUUGAAAUAGCAGAACACACUCCUCAAGGUACCCGUUUCCAAAUCCAUGCAGCUAGAGACCCUGAUGUCGGUACGCAGUCGGUCCGAUUAUAUAAACUAAGCCAGAAUGAGUUCUUUGAAGUUGAAACUAGGGACACUGAAGAAGAUAAGAUACCAUUUUUGGUGCUGAAAAAGCCGUUGGAUAGGGAGCAAAAGGCAGAACACAGAUUCGUGUUAACUGCUCAGGAUGGGGGUAGUCCCCCUAAAUCUGGUAGCCUUAAUGUAAAUAUCACUGUGCUGGAUGCAAAUGAUAACCGCCCCGUGUUCAGCAAAGAUAUAUAUACGGUUUCAUUAGAUGAAAAUACAUCAAUUGGAACUAUUGUAAUUAGACUGAAUGCUACAGAUUUAGAUGAGGGUUCUAACAGCGAAAUCGAAUACAGCUUUGGAAAAACACAAAAGAAGAAAGUGCAUGACACGUUUGAAUUAAACAGCGUCACUGGAGAGAUACGGGUGAAAGGAAAAGUGGACUUCGAGGACACAGAGGUUUACAGGCUAGAACUGCAGGCCUCAGAUAGAGGGCAGCCACCUUGGACGGCUGGUAGUAGGGUAAUCAUAAACAUAAAAGAUGUGAACGACAAUAAGCCAGACAUUGAAGUAACCUCAUUGUCAAACGUAGUCCCUGAGGAUUCAAAGCCUGGCACUGUUAUCUCCCUGAUAAGUGUCACUGAUAGAGAUUCGGGAAUUAAUGGGAAAGUUAUUUGUACGAUCUCGAAAAAUGUUCCGUUUGAUUUGACGCCCUCCAUUGAGGAAAACAUGUAUUCCCUUGUCACUAAGGGGCGUUUAAAUCGAGAAAUUGUGUCCCAUUAUGAUAUCACCAUAUCCGCUACAGACUGUGGUGAACCUCCUCUUUCAACUAUAAGAACCCUGAGUGUUCAGGUGUCUGAUGUUAAUGACAACAAACCAAUUUUUACCCAGAGUCCAUAUGAACUCUACAUGGUAGAAAACAAUGCCCCAGGAGCAUCAAUACUGUCCGUAAGUGCUGUUGAUAGUGAUAUGGAUGAAAAUGCAGCAAUAACAUACAGCAUAGUGAGGGGUGAUGGGCUGCAUGGUGAUAUGACAACCUUUCUAAAUGUUAAUAGUGAAACUGGAGAUAUUUUGGCGCUAAAAAGUUUCGACUUUGAAACAGUGAAAACGUUCCAGUUCCAAGUUGUGGCCUCAGAUUCUGGAACUCCGUCCCUGAGCAGCAACGUCACAGUGAACGUGUUCAUUCUGGAUCAGAACGACAACGCUCCAGUCAUCCUGUAUCCAGUCAGCUCCAACGGCUCUGCUGAAGGUGUGGAGGAGAUUCCCCGCAAUGUGAACGCAAGACACUUGGUGACUAAAGUCAGAGCCUAUGAUGCUGAUAUAGGAUAUAACGGCUGGUUGCUCUUCUCACUGCAGGAAGUCACUGAGCACAGUCUCUUUGCUUUGGAACGCUACACAGGACAGAUCAGAACACUUCGCUCAUUCACAGAGACAGACGAGGCUGAGCAGAAACUCAUCAUACUGGUCAAAGACAAUGGCAACGUGUCCCUCUCUGCUACAGCUACUGUCAUUGUCAAAGUUGUGGAGCCCAAAGAGGCUUUUGCUGCUUCUGAUGUAAAAAGUGCAACAAAGGAUGAUGAGGAGAGUAAUGUCACUUUUUAUCUCAUGAUCACUUUGGCCUCAGUCUCAGCUCUUUUCAUCAUCAGCAUCAUCGUGCUGAUUGCAAUGCAGUGCUCCAAAUCCACAGACUAUACUUCCAAAUAUCUACAAGAGACUAAUUAUGACGGCACAUUAUGUCACAGCAUCCAGUACAGAUCUGGAGACAAACGCUACAUGUUAGUGGGACCCAGAAUGAGUAUAGGAUCCACUAUAGUCCCGGGAAGCCAUGCCAACACACUAGUGCUCCCUGACAGGAGGAGGGCAUCUACAGAGAGCGGGGCAGGCAUUUGA